CUGAGUCUUUCUCCCACUAACGCCACUACCAUGAGAGCAGCCCGUGGAAGUGCCAGGGGCCGCACGCGGGGGCAACCGCAUGCUCGUGGGAGGGUGAACACUUCUCUCCAAGUUAAAGAUUCAAAAGCAGGUGCUGCCCCUCAUACACAAAUGGAAUACAUUGCAUCAGUCAGCCGGAGCAGUGGGCUCGAGAAAGGCGGGGAUGCCUAGCUUGAAGGAUUUCAAGGUGCAAGAGCAGUACAGAGUGUUUGUGAGUGAGAAGUUACACAAGUUCUGGACAGAGAAACAGACGAAGGAUGGGCAGGAGAACAUUUUGAUCCUAUUUAGAAAACUUAGAGAAGGAAUCUUCGCGUCCAAGCGGAGUGAUGCCUUUGCAAUCGAAGUGUACGAAACUUCUCUUUGCCUCUCAUCGCUAUUCGACUCCCCAAUUCAGACAUCUUCUAUUCUCUCGCACCUCCUCCCAGAACUCUACACCUCCGCAUCAAUCCAGCCUCUAAUCAGCUCCGUGCUCAUAUCGCUCCUCCACCACCUGAUCGCCGGAUAUCCAUCGCAAAAAACCUACUUUGAACAUCUUUCGUGCCUCUCGCCCAACAUGUUUAGUAGGACAUCGGAAGCGUAUACGUGGAUAUCAAAUCUAGCAACGAGUCUCCGUACCCUCAACCAAAUUAGGUUUGAAGCGCUUUCACGGCACGACGUAUACAGACAUUUCCUCACUGUAUCAAAAUCAUCUGAUGAGACAUACGAUCCUUUGGAUCGUCUAUCGCAAGAUGCGGUGCACGCGCUCGUGGAACGGCUGAGAAGUAAAGCGAGGAAUAAGGCGUGGGUGGUGCUACGCAGUGCAUAUCGGGAGAUAUCAGCUUCAGAAGAGACCCGGACUUGGAUGGUCAAGUACCUAAUGCUUUCAAGCAAGCAGGCUUCUACAUCGGGUCUUUCUUUGGAGGAGUGGAUGGAUGGGCGGUGUCGAGAUGGUCACCUUCGGCCGAGGGAAGGGGCAGUGGGGAGAUGGGUUGUAUGCAAGGUCAGAUAACUGCUGCUACUUAUGUUGAUGUUGAUCUAGUGUACGAUAGAAUGUCCGUGAUAACUUAUGAUCCCAGGUUGUCGUCAGGAGAUGUGGCGUACAUGAUACAAACUCUUCCUCCGCUUUUAU